GUGAAAGGACACCCGAAUAAACACAACCCGCCCUGAAGAAACACGUCUCGUGUUUACAAAUAACAUCAGAAAAGAGCGUCUCAGCGGGACAGCCAGCGAGCUGCGUGUCGCGGUUAAGGGAAAAUUAAUUGCGCCCUUCCUGCAUAAUUGCAUUCUAAUAGAGACAACGGGAUUGGCUGGCUAAGCGCUCCUGAAGGGGGCCUGUCUCUUUAAGGAGCGCUUGACUGCGGGAGAAAUGGGAGGAGGAGGAGGAUAACGACAAUCAUCAUCAAUAUCAUCAUCUCUGUCUUUAUUCUCUUAUUACCUUCAAUUGAGCUGUCGAUAAACCAACGUAAGGACACAGAGAGGACAUCGGAGCGACAAGCCGGGCUUUGUUUGAGAAGACUGGGCUCGCCUACCGCUGCUGCUGCGGAUCCUUGAAAUUCCAGGACCCCCUUCCAUUAAAGGCAUAUUUUACUCUACCAUAACCAUGUGGAAGCUGACUCUUCUAGUGAUGACCAUGUGGAUGGCUUUGACUCGGCACAAUGUGGUUCAAGGGGUCGAGUGCAAACCAGGCUGCAACCUUGGUCACGGGCACUGUGACGAGAAUGGCAUCUGUAGGUGUGAUCCUGGGUGGGAAGGAGAACUUUGUGAAGACUGUACUCGGAUGCUUGGAUGUGUUCAUGGCACAUGCCACCAGUCCUGGCAAUGCAUCUGUGAGGAAGGCUGGGCUGGACGCUUCUGUGAUAAAGACAUUCAUGUAUGCACAAAUCAUAAUCCCUGUCAAAAUGGAGCCACCUGCAUUUCCAGUGAAGAUGGAGAGUAUUCCUGCGUCUGCCCUAAAGAUUUUCAUGGCAAGAACUGUGAAUUUAAAACUGGGCCCUGCGACAAAGCCAAAAUGCCCUGCAAGAAUGGGGGGAUGUGUUAUGAUGACAAUGGCUAUGCUCAGGAGUUGUCCUGCCGCUGCCUGGCAGGAUUUGUGGGCCCACGGUGUGAGGUGAACGUGGAUGACUGCCUGAUGCGUCCUUGCGCAAAUGGUGCCAUCUGCCAUGAUGGUAUCAACCGCUUCUCCUGUGAGUGCCAAGCAGGUUUCAAAGGACGUUUUUGUACCAUCAACAUUGAUGACUGUGUCAGCAAUCCCUGCCUGAACAAUGGCCGAUGCUUUGACCGGGUGAAUGAUUUUGACUGUGUUUGUCUGCAAGGUUAUACUGGUAAAACAUGCUCAGUCUCCACGGCAAAAUCACCACUGGACGUGGGAAAAUCAAUGCCAAAGAACUGGACUAGUACCUACCCAAGAAGUACAUUAUCCCAGCCUAGCAAGGGGCAAGGUAGCUCUUGGGGAAAUGUGUCAUUUCCACCCUACAAGGACCAUGCAGUGAGUGGGCGCAUGUUGAAGAUCUCUGUGAAAGAAGUUGUGACCCAUCAAGGACCUGUACUUACUGAGCUGCAGCUUAUUGUGCUAGUGGUGUUUGGCACAUUUACCUUAGUUUUAGUGACCCUCACAACUGUAGUAGUGUUGAAGAGUUACUGGCAGACACGAUGCACAAAAUGCCACUGCACUUCUCAGCGACACCGCAGGACACUUGGAGAAGAGGAAGAAUGCAGAAUCAGCAUCCUCUCUGCCCCUAUGCCAGACCUCCAAAAAAAACUCAACACGGAAAUCAUUUAAUUACUGACAGAAAAGAAGGCGUUAAAAUUGCGAGUGGAAGUAAAAGAAGUUGCUACUAAGACAUAAAAUGGAAAGUCAAAGAAAGUGGAUAGAAGGCCACAUUCAGCUGGAAUCUCAGCAACCCAGGUUCAACUUUUCCAUUGAGAAGUGGAAGAAAAUAUUAGGAAAUGCCUGAAGCUUUGCAAUUAGGGUUUAUAUUAUUACAAUGGAAUCAAACUUAAGGUGAAUAUAUAGACUCUUGCUGGGUGGGGUAUUAUAAUUUACUUCGUGGAAGACUUUUAAAUGAGGAAAAAAAUGCCAGGCAGGCACCUUCAUGCCCAUGUUCCAAUCUGGUAGGUGGUUUUGUAAAUAGGAAUGUGGCUGAAGGAAUGUAAAUUGGCUCUGAAAAAAAUAUUGACAUACUACAGAGACAGGAAACAUACAUGUAGCACUUAAAAACCAACUGGAAUGACGCUGCUUCAUUCGAGCAGAUGAUCUCUGGGAAAUCUGUCUGUGGAUUUGGAAUAAGAAACUCUUCAGAGAAUGAAUAACAAGUAGAGUGUGUCCCGUCAUGCUCUCGAGAGAAACAUUGCUACAUUUGGAACAAUUGAUUCAAUUUACUUGCCAUAUCUACUUGCAUACAACCACUGAAAGAAAAUAAGGUACUUUUUUUUAUGAACCUAAUUCUUAUAGGUUUUGAUGGCCAGUAUUCUACACUUUUUUAAAAAACAACCUGGAUGAAUUCCUCACUUUAUCAUUUUAUUUCAGUGGUCAACCAAAACUAAAAUUAUGCUCAUUAAGGUUAUAUUUUAGACCUUAGAUGCCUGAAGAGUCCAUUCUUUUG